GACAUAUUACACGAGGCUCAUAUUCGAAUUGGUCACGGCGGAAGAGAUCGCAUGAUGAAACAGGUGCCAAGUAGAUCUGAUAGAUUUUCAGUCCCAGCCCGACGGUAAUAACAAAUUUAUAAUGGUGUAUCAAGAUCAUUUAACAAAAUUUGUUGUUUUACGGCCACUUAAAACAAAACGAGCUGAGGAAGUGGCUCACACUUUAUUGGACAUAUUUACUCUACUUGGUGCUCCUGCAAUACUUCAGUCUGACAACGGCAGAGAAUUUUCAAACCGAAUUAUUGACAAUUUAAAAACAUAUUGGCCUACUUUAAAAAUUAUUCAUGGUAAACCCAGGCAUUCGCAAAGUCAGGGGAGUGUGGAAAGAGCGAAUCAGGAUAUUGAAAAUAUGCUAACCACGUGGAUGCAAGAUAAUGAUAAUUCACAUUGGAGUGAGGGCUUGAGAUUUGUCCAAUUGAUGAAAAACAGAGCUAUGCAUGCUGGUAUCAAGCAAUCUCCGUAUGAGGCUCUUUUUGGGUGUAAAGUAAAAGUUGGUUUACAGUUACCCAAUGAUUUCACGCAAAAUUUUGAAACUGAAAAUUUGGAGAAAAUCAUACAGGACCAUACCAAAAAGGAAGAUCCCAAAGUCUCUGCAUGUGAACUCUUUAAGGUGAACACGGAGGCAGAGGUAAGCCAAGUUUCUAACGACGUUUUAGAUCAACACGAAACAAACACGCAACCUCCAAAUUGCACCCUCCAAUGCAGCGUCACAAGAAACUACAGGAGCUCAUACAUGUAGAGAAUGUGGAUGUGCAAUCCACGCUAUUUGCGCUGUUGCUGAAGAAUCACCCGAUGAAGGAUUUGGAUCUAAAGUUUUGUGUCCAAUAUGUUCAAAAAAAGAUAAACUACUAGAUAAUCGUCAAAAUGCUAAGAUAAACCUACAACAACAAGCCGAAAAAAUGCUGAAAUUGAGUGAAAAGAAGUUGGCCCCUGUACCUAUUGGCGCUUCAGUACGAAUUGCAGUUCCUGAGGUUGAUAGAGGACGAGGUGAUGCACGUAACAUUAUUGGUGUAGUUUUGACUAAAACCGAUGACGAACUCUAUCAGAUUGGUACCAAGAACGGUAUCUUAAAACAAUUAUAUGCUCGAUCUCAUAUUAAUGUGUGUCCAAGAGUUCUUACUGAUGCAGACGAUGUACCGAGUACCGAGAUUGCACUACGGUCAGUUGCCAACUUGCAAUCCACUGGAACCGGCCAGGGAUUUAAGAAAUGCCUUUGCAAGAAAAACUGUGCUACAGCAAAAUGUCUGUGUUUUAAAAAUAAAGUAU